AUGUCAAGGAAGAACUCCACAGUGGUGACUGAGUUCAUUCUCCUGGGUCUGACAGAUAGAGCAGAGCUGCAGCCUGUCCUUUUUGUGGUGUUCCUGGUCAUCUACCUGAUCACAGUGGUAGGCAACGUGAGCAUGAUCUUGCUAAUCAGGAGUGACUCAAGACUUCACACUCCAAUGUACUUCUUCCUCAGCCACCUCUCCUUCCUAGAUCUCUGCUAUGCCACCAAUGUCACUCCUCAGAUGCUGGUUAAUUUCUUAUCCAAGAGAAAAACGAUUUCUUUCAUUGGUUGCUUUAUACAAUUCCACUUUUUCAUUGCCUUGGUGAUCACAGAUUAUUAUAUGCUUACAGUGAUGGCUUAUGACCGCUACAUGGCCAUCUGCAAACCCUUGUUAUAUGGUAGCAAAAUGUCUAGAAGGGUCUGCAUGUCCCUUGUUGUGAUUACUUAUACUUAUGGCUUUGCAAAUGGUCUGGUCCAGACCAUCCUGAUGCUUCGACUCUCCUUCUGUGGACCCAAUGAGAUCAACCACUUCUACUGUGCGGACCCACCUCUGUUAGUCCUUGCCUGCUCAGAUACUUCUGUCAAAGAAAUGGCCAUGUUCAAAAUGCCCAUCACUAAUGACAGUGAAAUAACAGAAUUCGUUCUCCUGGGGCUCACAGGUCGCCCUGAACUCCAGCCUCUCCUUUUUGUGCUGUUUCUGGUGGUGUACCUGGUCACUCUCUUGGGCAACCUGGGCAUGAUAGUGUUGAUCAGACUGGACUCUCGCCUUCACACACCCAUGUACUUCUUCCUCACUAACCUAGCCUUUGUUGACCUGUGCUAUACCUCCAAUGCCACCCCGAAGAUGCUGACUAAUUUCCUCUCAGAGAAGAAGAGCAUCAGCUUUGCUGGCUGCUUUACUCAGUGUUACAUUUUCAUUGCACUCCUCCUCACUGAGUUUUACAUGCUGGCGGCCAUGGCCUAUGACCGCUACAUGGCCAUAUGCAACCCUCUGCGCUACAGUGUGAAAAUGUCCAGGCGGGUGUGCAUCUGCUUGGCCACAUUUCCUUAUGUCUAUGGCUUCUCAGAUGGCCUAUUACAGGCAAUCCUGACCUUCCGCUUGACCUUCUGUAGAUCCAACAUCAUCAACCACUUCUACUGUGCUGACCCGCCACUCAUUAAGCUUUCCUGCUCUGACACUUACAUCAAAGAGCAUGCCAUGCUGAUAUCAGCAGGCUUUAAUCUCUCCAGCUCCCUCACCAUCAUCCUGGUGUCCUAUGCCUUCAUCAUUGCUGCCAUCCUCAGGAUCAAAUCAGCAGAGGGAAGGCACAAAGCAUUCUCCACCUGUGCUUCCCACAUGAUGGCUGAUACCCUAUUUUAUGGGACACUCUUCUGUAUGUAUGUAAGACCACCAACAGAUAAGACUGUUGAGGAAUCCAAGAUAAUAGCCAUCUUCUACACCUUUGUAAGUCCAGUGCUUAAUCCAUUGAUCUACAGUUUGAGGAACAAAGAUGUAAAGCGGGCAUUGAAGAAUGUCCUCAGACAAAAUGUGGUCACGAAGAUGACAACGCCUCCACUUUCCAAUAAACCGUAA